UACAUCGGGUGAACUGCGGUGAACUAAUUCGUUGUAUUUGCCCAAUCACGUGUUACGUAAUAUCAAAAGGUACUUAACCGAUGCUAUUAUCGACUGCACGUAUGAAUGCCGUCACGAGUUGCGAGGCAAAAGAAACGGUGAAAGCCAUGUUUACAUGAAUCGGAGGAUCCUCAGUCAACGAUCGGAGGUGUUGGAGGUUCGUUUCGUCAAGUCGUUGGAAUCUUUUGAGUAUCGAUUUAUCCGCACCGAUUGUGAGAUAUCAUAUCAGUGAGAUAACUGAUCACCGGGGAAAGUGACAGGUCAGAAAACCCGCGGUAAAGUCUUGCUCGAAUACAAGUGAGAUUAUGACGAAAUUCGUGUACCCAGAUGCCCGACGCGACGAAACUAUUGUUGACAAUUAUCAUGGAAUCAAGGUAGCAGAUCCAUACCGAUGGCUGGAAGAUCCAGAUUCCGAGGAAACUAAAUCAUUUGUCGAUGCUCAGAAUGCAAUAACUGCACCGUACUUAGAGAAUUGUCCUGUACGUGAUAAAAUUCACAUGCGCCUGAAACAGCUAUGGGAUUUUCCAAAGUAUUCCUGCCCUGUCAAGCAUGGAGAGAACUACUACUUUUAUAAAAAUUCUGGCUUGCAGAAUCAGAGUGUCUUAUAUGUGCAAUCCUCGUUAAAUGAAGAACCAAGCGUUUUUUUAGAUCCUAACACCCUUUCCGAUGAUGGAACAGUCGCAAUAAGUUGUAGUAAAUUCAGUGAGGAUGGUAGCGUUUUUGCUUACGGGCUUUCCAGCAGUGGUUCUGACUGGAUAACCAUUCACUUCAUCAACGCAGUUACUGGUGAAAAAUAUCCGGAGAUUCUGGAAAAAGUCAAAUUCUCACCAAUAACAUGGACACACGAUAACUUGGGAAUUUUUUACGGUCGCUAUCCCGAUCAAAAGGGAAAAACUGAUGGUUCCGAAGUCCAGGGCAACGAACAUCAAAAACUUUAUUAUCAUCGCAUAGGUACGCCACAGUCUGAGGAUGUUCUGGUUGUAGAGUUUCCCGAGCAACCCUUAUGGAGGAUCGGAGCGCAAGUCACUGAUUGUGGCAACUGGUUGAUUGUUAUGCCUCUGAAAGAUUGUAGAGAUAAUUUGGUAUAUUUCUCAGAGCUCAAGCCAGGCAUUAAAAUAGAUGGAAAAUUACCGCUCACUGAAGUUGUCAACAAACUGGAAGCCGAUUAUGAAUAUGUGACCAACAUUGGAUCAAAAGCAGUAUUUCGUACAAACAAAAGUGCUCCAAAUUACAAAUUGAUAACGAUUGACCUCAGAAACUGGGAGCAAUCUAAAUGGGGUGAACUAUUGCCUGAGCAUCCGCGCAACGUGUUAGACUGGGCUACCGCCGUUGACGGAAAUAAAUUUGUCGCAUGUUACAUCGAGGAUGUAAAGAAUGUUCUUCAAGUAUAUUCCUUAGAAACUGGUCAACUUCUCCGUACUCUUCCAAUCGAUGUAGGUACAAUCGUAGGAUUUUCUGGUGAUAAAAAAUACUCAGAGAUAUUCUACCAGUUUACCAGUUUUCUCACUCCUGGGAUUAUUUAUACUACCGAUUUGAAGGAAAUUACAGAGCCCAAGAUACAUCGUGAGAUAAAAGUAAACAACUUCGACCCAGGAUUGUAUCAGACCAAACAAGUUUUUUAUACAAGCAAAGAUGGAACCAAAGUGCCUAUGUUCAUCGUUAUGCAAAAGAGUGCUGUUCUGGAUGGCUCGAUGCCGGCCCUCCUCUAUGGAUACGGAGGAUUUAACGUGAGCAUUCAACCAACUUUUAGCGUUACCCGGCUUGUUUUUGUUCAACACUUGAACGGGGUGCUUGCAAUUCCGAAUAUCAGAGGUGGCGGAGAAUACGGCGAGAAAUGGCACAACGCGGGACGUUUUCUCAACAAACAAAACGUGUUUGAUGAUUUUCAAGCCGCAGCACAGUACCUUGUAGAUAACGGUUAUACUACUUCGAAGAGACUCACAAUUCAAGGAGGCAGUAACGGAGGACUUUUAGUUGCAGCGUGUAUAAAUCAGAGACCUGAUUUGUUUGGUGCAGCUAUAGCACAAGUGGGCGUUAUGGAUAUGCUGCGUUUUCAUAAAUUUACAAUUGGUUAUGCAUGGGUCUCAGACUACGGCAGUUCGGAUGAUGAAAAGCACGUAGCUAACUUACUCAAGUAUUCGCCGAUACAUAACGUAAAUCCUGAUGGCAAGCAUCAAUAUCCUGCAACUUUAUUACUCACCGCAGACCACGACGAUAGAGUUGUUCCAUUGCACAGCUUGAAAUUGAUUGCGACUCUUCAACAUAAGCUUGGAAAAUUACCUCACCAAAAGAAUCCUAUUCUUGCAAGAAUAGAAACCAAGGCUGGACACGGAGGAGGAAAACCGACUGCAAAACUUAUCGAGGAGAGCACGGAUAUUUUAUCGUUUAUCGUACAAGCCCUUGGAUUUCAAUUCAAAGUUUAAACGGAUCAUCGAGUAAAUAUAUAAAAAAAAAGUUAAAUUAAAUUAGAUGACAGAAAUCCGUGAAUUUAAAGAAUGAUAAAUAAUACGAAUGGGUAACAACUAACAGUUGACCAAUUUCAAACUACGUACGCAAAACACAACAAUAUCCCCUCGGCUUGUUAUUUCGCUUAUGAACGAUUGUUGUCGGUGAAGAGAAAAGUAAAGAAAACAACUCGUCGGUCUGUAUCUAAUAGGAAUUUUUUUGUAUAACAUAUCAACUACUUCCAAUCCUUUUUACUUUCCUGUUCGAAUGAUAAUGAAAAAUAAUAAAUAUAAAGAAAGAACUCUCCAAUCAUA